GUGGGAGACCACACCAUGCUGCCGAUCCGCUGGAUGCCCCCUGAGAGCAUCAUGUACAGGAAGUUCACCAUAGAAAGUGACGUGUGGAGCUUUGGAGUCAUCCUCUGGGAGAUCUUCACCUAUGGGAAACAGCCAUGGUUCCAGCUCUCCAACAACGAGGUAUACUGGACAGCUCUCUGUGAUGAUCUACUGAUACAGUAUUACAGAACUCCCAUGCUUUUUAUUGGAGGGGAGGGGUAAUCAAUUGAAUUCAAUUAAUAUUACUCUUACAAAGCAAGCGUAUUAGUAAAAACAAAAAAAUACUGGUGUACAAUACUCAUUGCAUCCUCUCUCUGCCUCUCUAGGUCAUAGAGUGUAUAACACAGGGUCGGGUCCUGGACAGGCCGAGGGUUUGUCCCAAGGAGGUGUACGAGCUGAUGCUGGGGUGCUGGCAGAGGGAACCACAGCAGAGGCUGACCAUCAAGGACAUGCAGAAGGUCCUCUGCGCCAUGGGGAAAGCCACACCU